CGUUCAAAACACAGCCUGCCCUCAAUCCUUCUUGAUUUUCUGCUUCCUGUCCCUUUUUUGCGCUUAUUUUCGCCUCUGACCUAGUUAUUUUGAACUACUGCGCGCUUUAACGCCAUUUUUUUUUAUUUGUUUUUUUUAAAUAAUGCGGCUACUUUCCGUUUAUUCGCCCCAAAACACGUCUUUCUACCCGGGAUUGUAUUCUCUAACAGCAUCCUACUGUUGUUUGCUUGUUUGUUGCUUUCGGUGAAAAUGGACUGAUUGAAAAACCGUAUAAAUGCACCUGCCGUCGAAGGGAUACCCUGCGUUUGAAAUCGAAGAGGUGUGUGUGCCCUGGGUGCAGCCUGGCCUGUGCUGGAGAGGCGAUGAAGAACCCAGGAGCUGUGGAGAGCCGUCGGCUGGACGGCCUGCUGGAGGCUGCUCUGGUCAGGGAGGCUCGUCUCUGGAAGGUACCUGUCUUCAAGAAUGGAUGCAUCCAGGGCGCUGACAUCUCUUCAUCUCAGCACCAAGAAAUGAUCCUUUGGCUCGGAGAGAUGAACCGUCUGUUUCAGUUCUGUCCGGAGACCUUUGCACUGGGAGUCUGUGUCCUCCACCGACUGCUGUCCACUGUCAAGGCCCAACCAAAAUACCUGAAAUGCAUUGCUUUUACCUCAUUGGUCCUGGCUGCCAAAAUCAAUGAGGAGGAUGAGGUAAUAGGUUCUGUUCAAGACCUGGUUGUGCAGAGCGGAUGCAACUUUUCAACAGCGGAGAUUCUUCGCAUGGAGAGGAUCAUUCUAGACAAGCUGCACUGGGACUUGUACACCGCAACGCCAGUCGACUUCAUUCACAUAUUCCACGCACUGCUCGUUUCCGGCCACCCUCACCUCAUUCCGUCCAUCGGGCUCAGCUCCGGCGUCAGCUUGGACUCGGCAACAGAGCCCAGUCUUGAGCCGGGGCAUCAGAAGAGGCCCGCAGGCCUCCAGGCGGCGUUGUGGACCAGACAGGUGCAGCACUGUAUGGCCUGCCACCAACUUUGGCAGUUCAAGGGCUCCACGUUGGCUUUGGCCAUCAUCACUUUGGAGCUGGAGGCGCUCACGCCCGACUGGUUCUCCGUCUUCACUGAUCUGCUGAAGAAAGCACAAGUUGACAGCGCCGAGUUUAUCCACUGCAAAGAGAUGGUGGACGAGUACCUCCACAGCCUGGAGUUCUCCCUGCCGGCCAAUGCCGUCUACAUUUUCGACAGUGCCCAGAUCCAGGACGAGGAGCGAGCCCGCAGCCCCACACAGCGCUCCAGGAGGAGGCAGGGUGGCAGAGAGGAAGGGGACUCUGAUGAGUAUUACGACGGUUUUAGGUGUUUGUAUAAUGAGGAGGUGACUUCAGGGGAGCAAGAAAACGAUGUUGAGGGUUCCCAACAGAAAAAUGUCUCGCCCUGCCCGCCACUGCACCCCGCCGUCAACUAGUCUGGCAUUUAUUUGCACCGUCCACCUCUCUUAGAAGUGUGCAGUUCUCCUAUUUCACGUUACGAAGUCCAGUCAGUAUGUUGUAGCUCAGCAUGUUAUAGGACCUCGAUAUUAAGUUUUAUGGAGCUCUGAAGUAACUCGCUUAAAUCCAGUUGUUACUCAUCUGCCACAAAAUUUAGGAAUUGACUUAAAAGAAGAUAUUUUCCGUGCACUACUUCGCACCCAAAUGUGAAUCUGAAGGUGUGUAUGGAUCAGUGUUAUCCUGAUGCCAUACCUGUGUCGACAGCUGGGCAGUUGAGGGGAAAUUGUGGGGAUCAUUGAGCCUGACUGAAUGUUUCUUUUCAGUGCAGCAGAGUUUUUGGUCCAUUUAAGUUCUCUACUUACUGUUAUUGUAUUAAUGAUGCUUUUUUUUUAUUUUUACUUUUAACCUACCUGUCCUUUUAAUAUGCACCACAAAUUGUUUUGUUUAACAAGUCAGAGGUUAAAGGAGAAGAUUUAGGCAGUUGUGUGUUUGGUUUUUUUUGUUUUUUUUUUAGUGUGGUUGAGGCCAAAAAUGGCUAUUUUUAUGUUUGAGAGUUGAUCCUGAUUUUGUUGAGGUUUCUUUGUGCUCAGGUUCCCCCCAGAGCCACAUAGCACUUUUUUAUUAAUGCAAAUUAUUAUAUUUUUUCACAACCUUUUUUAUUAUUAUUAUUGUAAUCUCUUACUUACGUAUACUAAUUUUUGUGCUAUUUUAUUAAGCAGUUAUUUACAAAAGCUAUAUUUUAUGUAAAAAGCUUUAAUUUCCUGACUUAAAGCUGCAAAAGUUUUUAUUUCAUUUAUGCUUCAGCCUGCGUUGACUCAGCUAGUGCAACUAUUGUUACAUAUGAAACAAAACAAAGGCAACUUUGGGAGAUUAACUAGAGCUGAAUGACAAAUUUUGUCAUUUUGACAUCAUGAGAUUACCUGAUUAAUGACCAGGCAUUAAUAAUCUCAUUUUAAUUCUUUUUUUUUUUAUUAUCAUCUGAUACUGUAUGAGAGCACCAAUAAUCAUACCCUAAAUCACAUUGGUAUUGAAGUAUUGGGCUAAAAGUCUCCUGUUUUUAUUUUGUAAAUACCACCUAGUUCUUUUUCAUCUCGAUACUGACAUGUACUGAAAUGGUUGGAAAAUAUGUUUUCAUGGGGGGCAGCAUUGGGAUCUUUAAUGUGAACUGGUUACUGUCUGUUUUCUCAACUGUAAGGUCUGCUUGGAUUCAUUCCGUCAAGUUGGGCGCUACACCAGUGAUCAAUGUAAUGUUUUUUUUCCCAUACUCCUUCAUUUACUGAGGCAGCUAUACAAAUCUUAUUGUUUGUUCAA